UUCCCCAUUCCUCGUCCGCCCUCCCUCAUUCUUGCCGGUGAAUGUGUCGGAGUUGUCGAGUUUAGCGCCGGACUAAGCUAACGAAGAAGAAGAAGAAGAAGAAGAAGAAGAAGAAGAAGAAGAAGGCGACAUGGCUUCCCGGCGUCAGCAGGCCCCUGUCUUGCAUCGACAGAGAGUUGUUGGGGUAGUUCCACCGGCCGCGGGCAAGCCAAAAAUUGUCACUGCAGCCGAUGCAAAGAACCGCAGGGCGCUCGGAGAUAUCGGCAAUCUGGUCAAUCCCCGCGUUCCCGAAGGGAAACAGCAACCCCAAAUCAAUCGCCCAAUCACAAGAAGCUUUGGUGCUCAACUUCUGGCAAAUGCAAAAGCCGCCGCUGCCGAUGCUAACAAGAUCCCUGUGGUCGUUGCAUCAGAUGGGGCAGUCGACAAACGUGCAGUAGCAAAACCGCCUCUCAACAAGGUCCCAAGUAAACCUGAAGAGAAGAACAGUAAGAAGGAUAAGGUUGUUGCAGAGGUCCCAAGUAAACCUGAAGAGAAGAACAGUAAGAAGGAUAAGGUUGCUGCAGAGGUCCCAAGUAAACCUGAACAGAAGAACGCUAAGAAGGAAAAGAUUGUAGCAAAGACUGACCUUGAUAAGAUAGUAGUGACAGCUAUUGAUGUCGAAACACACCGAGCAUCGUCUUCUCACAAAAGGUCUUCCAGGAAAAAGGUUAAUGCAUAUUCUUCCGUACUCACUGCUCGAAGCAAGAUUGCUUGUGGAAUCUCAUGCAAGCCGAAGGAUUUGGUAGACGAGAUUGAUGUAGCAGAUGCUGGUGACCAAUUGGCUGUUGUUGAUUACGUCGAGGAUAUCUACAAGUUCUACAAAUCUAAUGAGCACGCAAGCAGACCCCAUGACUACAUGAACUCCCAGGUGGAGAUCAACGCGAAGAUGAGAGCCAUUCUUGCUGACUGGUUGAUCGAAGUGAACCAUAGGUUUCAGCUGACCCCUGAGACGCUCUACUUAACAUUCAACAUAGUCGAUCGGUACCUUUCGACUGAAACCGCUCUGCGUAAAGAAUUUCAGCUAAUUGGUGUAUCUGCCAUGCUCAUUUCCAGCAAGUAUGAGGAAAUUUGGGCGCCAGAGGUCAACGACUUCAUUUGCAUAGCGGACAGGGCAUACACCCGAGAGCAAAUCCUUGGCAUGGAGAAGAGGAUUCUGAACAAGCUCGAAUGGAACUUGACUGUCCCAACUCUGUACGUGUUCCUCGUGAGGUUUAUUAAGGCUGCAAGUUGUGAUAAGGAGAUGGAACACAUGGUGUACUUCUUUGCGGAAUUGGCUUUAAUGAACUACUCCAUGAUCAUGUUUUGCCCGUCGAUGGUCGCCGCUUCUGCGGUGUACGCUGCACAAUGCACGCUCAACAAGAAACCUCUUUGGAACGAGAGAUUGAAGAGGCACACUGGGUUUUCUGAGCACCAGCUAUUGGACUGCGCGGAGAUGCUGGUGAACUCCCACGCUGGCGCUCGUGAGAGCAAACUGAGAGCUGCCUACAAGAAGUAUUCAGGGGAGCAAUUUAGUGGUGUGGCGUUGCGUUCUCCGGCAACGAAAAUGGUAGAGGAGUUGAAGACCACCAGAAUAUGAUGCUGGUUGAAGUUGCAGAGAAAUGCUAGACGUGUUUUGUUUCAUGUUCUUAAUGAAAGAUUUCUCGGUCCGUGCUCCUUUUCCUUGGAGCAAUUAGGAAGAAGAAGAAGAAGAAGCAACAUGAACCUUUUGGCAAUUUUAUCGAUACCUCAAUGUGUAAAUAAUUGCUGGGUGAUUGAAAUUAUGAUUUAAGAGUA